CGGGGCGGGCCGGGGAUGCUGACGCUGGAACAAACAUGGCGGCCCGCGGCGCUGGGGCCGCUCCGGGGCUGCUCCCGCUCCUGCCUCUCCUCCUGCUCCUGUUCCUGCUCCGCGCCGGCCCCGCCAGCGCCCGCGUACACCACCUCACCCUCAAAGAUGAUGUGAGGCAGAAAGUGCACCUGAAUACCUUUGGCUUCUUCAAGGAUGGUUUCAUGAGAGUCAAUGUCAGCAACCUUUCCCUGAAGCCAUUGGUGGGCUCUGAUGACAUGAAGGGUUUAUCAGUGGGGUUCAGUUUGGAUCGAACAAGGAAUGAUGGGUUCUCCACUUACCUGGAUGAAGAAGUGGAUUACUGUAUCUUGAGAAAGACACCAGAGCCAGAUGUCUCUGUUGUAAUUUUGCUUCUGGAAAUCCAAAGUGAAGUUGUGAAGGUACGGUUCUCUGCAGAAGCUGCUUCUUUGUUACCCAAAAUUUCAUUCAUAUCUGAGGCAAAUGUUACUGCCUCAAGUACCAAAAAAACUUCUGAACCAAGCAAUGAUUCUGGUCAAAACCCCCCAAGGACCAACGAAAAUACAGAUGGGAAAGAUAAGAAGUCCACACGCAGUACAACGUCCUCCCAGACUAUUAUAGAACAAGAACAUCCUGUUCACAACGACAGAGGAACUUUUUCAUUUCAGUUCUUUUUUAACAUCAGCUCGGAUAGCCAAGAGGGGCUCUACAGCCUAUACUUCCAUAAGUGUGUUGGCAAGAAGGGGCCAGCUAAUGAUCAGCUGCUAUUUAGUCUGGAUAUAGAAAUUACGGAAAAGAAUCCUGAAAGCUACCUCUCAGCAGGUGAAAUCCCACUGCCAAAACUGUACAUUUCCAUGGCCAUGUUCUUUUUCCUGUCUGGGACUGUUUGGAUCCACAUACUUCGUAAACGCAGAAAUGAUGUUUUUAAGAUUCACUGGCUCAUGGCAGCCCUUCCUUUCACAAAAUCGCUGUCCUUGGUCUUCCAUGCGAUCGACUAUCACUACAUCUCUUCUCAGGGAUUUCCCAUUGAGGGCUGGGCUGUUGUUUAUUACAUCACUCACCUACUGAAGGGUGCCCUUCUGUUCAUCACCAUCGCCCUCAUUGGCACAGGCUGGGCUUUCAUUAAACACAUCCUGUCAGAUAAAGACAAAAAAAUUUUCAUGAUUGUCAUCCCACUUCAGGUGCUGGCGAACGUGGCGUACAUUAUCAUCGAGUCAACAGAGGAGGGCACGACUGAAUAUGGCCUGUGGAAAGAAAUCCUUUUCCUGGUGGACUUGCUGUGCUGUGGAGCCAUCCUGUUUCCAGUGGUAUGGUCAAUAAGACAUUUACAGGAGGCUUCAGCAACAGAUGGGAAAGCUGCCAUUAACCUAGCAAAGCUGAAGCUCUUCAGACAUUACUAUGUUAUGAUUGUGUGUUACAUUUACUUCACACGGAUCAUUGCCAUUCUCAUAAAGAUUGCUGUUCCAUUCCAGUGGAAAUGGCUGUACCAGCUGCUGGAUGAAAUGGCCACGCUUGUGUUCUUUGUCCUCACUGGGUACAAGUUCCGUCCAGCGUCAGACAACCCUUAUCUACAGCUUUCUCAGGAUGAUGAGGAUGACCUGGAGAUGGAAGCUGUGGUGACGACUUCAGGAGUAAUGGAGGGCAUGAAGAAGGUCAAGAAAGUGGUGAAUGGUUCAGCAGAGCCCCAGGGCGAAUGGGAGAGCACGGCGUGAUGGACUGGACUAAGGCAGCACUUUCAGAGGAACUGUUUUAAUUUAUUAAUAUUACUCUCAGUGGAAAGGGAGCAACUUGCACUUCCCACCACUGAAACGGCAGAGUGGGGUGUGUGUCUGGGGGGAGCACAGCAGUGCAGAAACAUAACUAUUCCUUUGAUCAUAAGAAAAUGGGAUCUCCUGGUACCUGCAAAGAGUGCAAAGCUUUCCUAGGGAUUUUGGGUAGCUUAUUCUGGUUUUUUUCCCCCCCUUUUCUGGAUCGGUUCUGUACCCUGAGUUGUUUGCAGUUGCAUUCUUCAGAAUGUGUAAUGCUAAUGUGAAGAGAGACCUUCAGUGUGUAUGGAAAGUAUAUAUUUUAUAUAAUGUGCAUACAUAUAUAUAUACACACACUAUGUAACAUGUAUGCCAGGAGUUACAAAAACGUGUCAGAAGGUGGGAAAAGAAGAUAAGAGAUGUAAGUAUUUUUUUUUUCUUCUUUUUAUAAACUCUCCUUUUGGCUUGGACAAAACGUUGCAGAACGUGAGUAGGAGCAACUGCAGUUAUUUAAAGAGACUGAGUGGGUAUUGGAUGAGAUGACUUCUGCCACUGCUCACACCAGUGGGAGAGUUGAUAAGUAUCUCCUUGUUUUAUCUAUGCAGGUGUCCACCUGAACGUGCCAGGUUUUAAAAUGUGUUACUAUACAGGAAACAAGUGGCUGUUCUCCAUUCAAGCACUGAGCCCACAGUGCAGUGAGCAUU